AAUCCUUCUCAAACCUCAACUCGGUGUCAGCUCUUGCUCUUGCCUCAGUGAAUAGGGGCUUGCAGCUGAUGAGCAUAUAUCAUAAGGCUGCAUACUCCAAACGUGUCACAGAAUACGACACAAGCUCACAAGUGGAUCGUUAAUUGAGUUUUCUGGGCCGAUGCCGUUACAAGGGCUUAUUACUGGGUGCCGACUGCAUGGUCGGUGUCUCCAUUAAGAAAUUCGGCCCCCAAUAAAUAAUGGCUGCUCAGCUGCUGAAAAACCCUAGCGAUGGCGGGACGAUGACAUUUAAUGAACUUCAGUCUUUCUCUCGCCAAGAUUUCCUUCCUUCAUUCCUUUCAAUUACCUCGUUGUUUCGGUGCUUUGUCAAUUUGCUGUCUAUUUAUAUUUUUUGAGUCGAAAUUUGAUCAACGGAGGAAGAGACCGCGUAGUCACGUGCAGCGAUGGACCAAGAUGCCUCGGACAUUGGUCGCGCGUGGGAAGAUGCGCUGGACAAGUACUGCAAAGACACAGGAACGAACAUCAAAUACCUUCCGCAGAUGAAAUGGAACGUUGAUGCCAUCAUGGGCGAGCAACAACGUCAGGUGGACACAUUCAACAAGUAUCGUCAUAACAAGGGGAUGACGGACAAGUUUCGGUCGUUGAUCAGUAAGAAUUCGGCGGUCAUUCAGUCAGUGGCUAACAAUGUUGCCAAUGCUGCGAGCAGUGCUUUUCCUCCAAGUGCUGCGAUUUUGACGGCUUUCACUUAUGUGAUGAAAGCUUCGAAGAAUGUUUCUGACGACUAUGAUCAAGUCGCAGCCUUCUUCGAGAUUAUGGGCUCGCUCAUGGAGAGGCUGAGCUUGUUGGAGACCAAGUUACCAAGUGCUAAGAACUAUAGAACGAUUCUGAUGCGGGUGUUCAGCUCGCUGAUGGGAUUGUGUGGUACUGCCACAAAAUAUGUCACAGAAGGCAGAUUCAAGCAUUGGCUCAAGGCCCUGUACAAAGGCACCGACGAUGACAUCAAAGGCGAUUAUGCAAAAUUGGAGACCAACAUCCAGAGACUCGAAUCAGCCACAAUGUUCGCCACCUUGGCCACGGUCAUGGAGACCAAGUCCGAUGUCAAAGAUCUCACAGCCAUCUCAAUGCAGAGUCUCAAGGUCGGAACCCAGACCCUGGCUGUCGGAAAUCAGACUUUGAGCGUAAGCAUGGAAACACAGAGCAUGGUUGGAGGUAUGUCAGUCAAGCAAGGCGAGACCUUGACAGCUAUCAAAAGACUCGAAAGGCGAAUGCUGGAGAAAGAGGAAAGUAAGAAGGACGACAAGGAUGGAGCAAAAGGCAAAUCCAAGGACUCUGGAGCCAAGAAGAAUGCAGUGUUGAAUUUGGUGAAGACAACUUUCGCUUCGCCAGCUGAACCAGCGAUUCAGCUCAAGGAGAUUCAAACUUCAUUUGUACAAGGAACUUUCACGUGGGUGGCCCAAGAAGAGAGCUUCAAGACUUUCAUGGAUGGCGAAUCACCCUUGCUAUGGGUGUACGGAGCUCCCGGUAUUGGAAAGUCAUGCAUGGCAUACUCUAUUAUUGGGAGGCUACUAGAGUCAACGGCCAAUGACGCUAGAUCGUCGGUUGCGUAUUACUUCUUCAAGGAGGAGCAUGAGGAGCUCCGAUCUGCUAGAAACAUGCUCAGUGCGGCCGUCAUCCAGACCGCGAUGGGAGAUGGCAAAUAUCGCGAUGAAGUUGCUGCAGACUUGAAGACCAGAGGAACCGAUCUCGGCGAGGCUUUGGCUGACAUCUGGGCAAGAUUCUUCGCGGAACGAUACCCCAAGGAUGCAGACCAGAAAUUGUUCAUUGUCCUAGAUGGACUCGAUGAGGCUGAAAAGGAGGAUCGAGAUCAGGUCCUUGAGCUGUUGAAGCAGAUCAAGAAGGAUGGGCUGAGUAUCCAGGUUGUGUUCACCAGUCGCCCUAUGAAGGAGAUUGAGGAUGUGACGGUAGAGCUUCAGCCUAGCAAGGUGGAGAUUACGAAGGCCAAAAUCUCCACGCGGGGAGGUGAUCUGUGGAAAAUUAUUAUGAAGCGAUGCAAGAGUUUAUCAAAGCUUAAAAGGCUUCAGAAACCAGCGCUGAGGAGAAUUGGGAUGAAGUUACGAAUCAAAGCUGAUAGCGUUCUCUAUGUGGAGCACAUGCUUCGCCGACUGAAUGUUCUUGGACGAGAAAGCUUGAUCUUCAAGGAGCUGGAUAAACUUCCUGAGGAUCUGCCUAAACUUUACGAAAUCCUCCUUGCUGAAUGUCAAAAAGAUCGAAGCAAAGACCAGUUGACUGCUUUGAAAAAGCUCUUCGCAUGGCUGGCAUAUUCAAAGCGCCCGCUGACCUUCGGAGAGGCAACUUCUUUGAUCAAAGUUUUGCCUGGAACCAACUCUUUCAGCCUUGAAGAAGAGAUUGAUGGGCGAUCUGCUAGAAUCCUUGAUCUUGCAACUGAUGUUGCCAGUGAUAGUUCCAGUGGAGAGGAGACCGACAGCGAACUCAAUGAGAAACAAAGCGAUGAGGAGACUCCCAAUCUCGACAACUCAAUCACUUCUCCUCUCAAAUUCCAGGAGAGAUCUAUGCGACAAUAUUUCCGUGCAAUGGAAGUUGACGAAAAUGGUCUUAGAAGCUCUCCAUCCUCGGGACAUUACACAAUUUUCGAGCUCACAGCACGGAUCUUAAACACUCCAGAAGAAAAGAUCACAGAUGGUGGGGAUGAUACAUACUGGCAGCUGCGAGACUAUUCUGUCACGUUCUGGAUGCAGCACUUUCUCGACAUUGAAUUGGAAAGCACCUCCGUCGAUAGCGUGCACACUGUCAUCAAUAGUCUCUACACGAUCAUGGACCCGGAAGGAGAAGGGCUGAGAAACAUCGAGAUUAAUAUGAGGGGGAUGGAAAAAGGAAAUUUCUUUGGCGCAGCUCCAUUCCCACUUCGGGAACAGUUCUUUACUCGCUUCAAUGCGUGGUUAGAACGCGGUCGAGAUCUUAUGAAGGAGCCUGCUCACGGAUUCAACGAUGCAGUGGCCAGCUGGAUGCUUACUUGCUGUUCUGAAGAGGAAACUUUGAUCCAUCUUGCAAAAGGCCAUGUCAUGAAUUGGUUCAAGUCUGAGCGAUCGUGGAAAGCAAGGAGAUCAUUCGAAUUCGCUAGGUCAACUUUGCGAAUGACCAGGCUUGGUGAUGGGCUUUCGGACGAUGAUGCUAUCAACAGUGAUCACGCUGAAGCGGAUAUGUUGCAGGUGGCAAAGGCGUUCCCUGAGAUCAAAAAAAAUGGCCAAGCGUAUAAAGCGAUUGGAACGACAUUUUUCGCUUUCAAGAUCUAUCUCCCUGCGCUAGAGCAGUUACGAAUGAGUUUGAAGUUGACAACUGUCGACACGGAACGAUGGCAUGUCCUUUAUUGGAUUGGGGAGACGGAGCUUGGGCUAAGUGAUACGAUCGAUGACAAUGAUAAGAAGAUGGAGCACGUUCGAAAAGCUUACGACGACAUCUCUGCAAGUAUCACUCUGUACCAAGAGAACGAAGAGGUCAGGGAAUUUGUCAAAGCGAAAGACAUGGUGUUCAUUCAGCAAUAUGGCCUCCUCAAUCGAGGUCAAUGUGAAAUCAAACUCGGAGAGGUCGACAAAGCUAUUGCCACCAUGGAUGAAGGAUAUGUUCUCCUGGGCGACGAUCUAGGCAACUCCUUGGGUGAAGAAUUCGUGACGGACAUCACAACCACACUGGACCUCGAAGGCGAUUACGAAAAAUUGCUUGCAGUCGUCGGACAUUUUAAGAAAUGGGAUAUGCUGUCCUGGAUAGGGUUCGAGUCUGCCACUGGUCACGACCGAUUCCAACAUGCCGCCUGGGAAUGCAAGAAGCAGGAUUUCUUGAUCAAGACGUACGAAAACAUGAUUAUGGAGGUCGAUAAGUGGAAUAUUGGGGCGCAUGUGCGCAGUCAAUUGGCCAAUGUGUACCAAUACAUCUUUCCAAACUACGAAGAAGCCAAGAAACUUCUCUUCGAGAUUAUGGAUGGCAAGAAAGGAGUUCCAUUCGGCGAUGCUGACGAAGAAUUUGUCUUCGCAACCCGACUUCAGCUCACCGAUAUCCUGACCGAACAAUUCCGCGCGACCACAGAUCCCAACCAAAAGACCAUUCUCCACGGAGAGAUGAAGAAUCUUGCCCUUCAACAUAGCUUAGCUAUGUCCAACGACUUCAACCCCUUCGAGUCCCAGACAAUGAUCGCCCUUGCUCUGAUGACUGGGAAAAUGGGACCUACAAAUGAUUUUCAAAGUCUGAUGGACAAGACGUUCCGUGGAUGUAUCGAUGCUUUAACAGAUACGCAGGCUUGGAAUGAUAGUCAGGGUUUCAGACUUCUGGCUAAGGUUCUGGCUUUUGUGCCGGAGAUGAAGAGGGAUGCUCAGAUUGCGUUCUCGUUGCAGUUCUCGGCUGUGGAUGAGAAGCUUUUCAUUCCGGCCGACAAGAAUGAUGAUGGGAAGCCUGCCGAUGACGGACAGGCGGACGGAGAAGCGUCAUCGUCUGUACCAGCAGCUGAGAAUAAUGUCCCUGCUCCGGAAACAAAUGUUGCCGAACAUCAAAGUCAGGAAGCUUCAGGGACAAUUCAGGAGGUGUCCCCAACUGACUCUGAACAAUUGAAUCCAAACAGCGAAAUCUAUUGCAAUGGCUGCUCGGACCACUUCGCUAAUUGGAAGCAAGGGCCUGUGUACGGAUGUAUCAUCUGCACGAACUGUGAUCUUUGCGAGAAUUGCUGGAAGAAAAUUGAUGCUCACAAUAAGGGCGAGCCUUGGACUGAGUGGAAGUCCUAUUGCGGAGAGAACCACAGAUACAUUAAAGGCCCUAUCGAAGGGUGGAAAGGUGUCAAUGGCGGUGUUUUGAAGAUUGAAAAGCUCGGAGAUGUGGACGAAGCAGGAACCAAAUUGACGAACGGCGAUGUUGGAAUGGGGCAGGUGGAGGAGAUCAAGUUCGAUGAUUGGCUUGAUGGAGUGCAGGAGAGAUGGGCCAAAGCUUGGAAGGUGUUUUGGCAGAAGGAGGACUUGGUCGUCGAUAUUCUGUGAUAUGGUGUACGGCCCAAUCCGAAAUAAAUCGCUCGCUCAAAGUCCCUACAACAAACAACCCCGCUUCCUGUCCUUAUUUAGAACAAUUCACGGCUCGGUGAAAGUCGAGGUCGGGGAUAUCCCGCUGCUUAGAACUUGAUGUCUCUGACAACUAAGUACGGUUUGAAAACGAUUCGCGGAGUUUCCUUCCCUUCUUCACAUUGAUCUACAAAGCAAUAAUGGAACCUGUCCCACACGUAGACAGGUCAUCCAAGUACUGCUUUUAGACGUUGAUUCAUAAUGAAUCAUUAUUUUGGACUGCCGCGGGUGCUGAAGCUAAGAAAUGCCGAGGGCUCGUCUCGAGCUUAUUUCUCAAAGUUACUCCAGACAUUCGAAA